AUGGCGAACGAGAACGUUUCACAAAUUUCUUCUAGCCGCAUAAUUUACCAAGAAAACAUGGAGAAUAAGAUUCAGACAAUCAGCGAGCUUCCAGAUAAAGUGUUGUUGAAGAUAUUAUCUUUGCUUCCAAGUAAAGAUGUCGUAGCCACAAGUGUCCUAUCAAAACGAUGGCUAUCUCUUUGGAAGGAUGUGAAGACAUUCAGGUAUGAUGGCGAAUCCGCAAAUAGAACUUACUCGAAAUUUGCGCGAUUUAUUAACAGGAGUUCAAGCGUAGAAAGCAUGCAUCUCAAGCUUAAUCCAUUUUUUACGAAUAAACACAUCAAACCUUUGCUUAACAUGGCAGUUGCUCGCUCUUUGAGAGAGCUGAGAGUUGAGAUGGUUUGUAAUUCCUUCGAGUUGCCUAAAAGCUUUUACAUCUUUUCACAACUUAAAACUGUCAUACUCGAGAAAGUUAGUUUGGAAGAUGUUCCACCUGAUGUUCAUUUGCCUUGUCUUAAACGUCUCCACCUUAUAUCGGUUAAAUUCUCGGGGGACGAAUCUGUGAAAACACUUCUAAGUCUAUGUCCACUUCUUCAAGAUUUGGUAGUGAAACGAAGCUCUCUUACCAAUGUAAUGAUAUUUAGGAUUGAUGUGCCUACACUGAGGACUUUGUCUAUCGAUAAUACAUCCGGGAAAACUCGGCCUAAAGGUGUUCAUGGAUUUGUAAUAAAUACCCCUUCUUUGAGGUAUUUUAGCAUAAGGGACAGCUUCAGCAACUAUUUACAGUUCGAAAAUAUGCCUGAGCUGGUCAAGACGAGUGUCAAUGUUGUUUUUGACAACCCUUACAAGUUUCUAGGAUCUCUUGCCACAACCCAAUAUCUUUCUCUGUGCUCUGUCACUUCACAUACAGCAUACCGUCCUACUUGCACUUCUUUCCUCUAUCUUGACCAUCUAGAGCUUUGCUUAUGUUCUGCUGAGCAGUGGAAUCUAUUCACUCGUAUACUCAAUUAUGCUCCUAGACUUCGAGUUCUCCAGCUCAAACUGUAUCAUAAACAAUGUGGUAAGGACACGAAAAUUCCAGUUUUGAACAAACCAAAUUUUGUUCCUCAACUGGAGAUCUUUGAAUGGAGACAAUACAAUGGCACAAAGCAAGAGAGAGAAGCUGCAAAGUACAUUCUAGCAAACGCGAGUCAUCUGAAGAAGGCGUCAUUCUACUCAGAAUCUGAAGAGAAAUAUGGGAUGUUCAAAGUUAGAAUGUGUGGUCAGAGGUUCAAAAACAUGUCAGCUUGUGUUUGAGUAAAAAGCUUGGUUUAUUCAUAACUUGGACAACGUUAUAGUACCUUGUUUUCAACGUAUUUCCUAGUGUUCCUAGUAAUUUAUUCCCUAAAUCUAUAUUUCUUUUUGUCAA